CAGUCUUCCUGAACAGCCUUGUUCCGUCUUCCUGAAGUUAGACAGUUUUUAAUAAAUUACCCUCAAAGAAAAGAAUUGCUGUAUUUUUAAACAGCAACAGAAGUGAAUCAACUGCUCAGCCAAGUACAAGACACCAAAGAUGGCCAAUGAAGCGAGACCUUGCCCAUGUGACAUUGGAGACAGGUUUGAGUAUGGGGGCCUUGGGCAUGAAGUGCAAGUUGAGCACAUCAAGGCGUAUGUUUGCAAACCAUCCAUCAGCACGGGAAAAGCUGUGAUUGUGAUUCAAGAUAUUGGAUGGCAACUCCCAAAUACCAGAUACAUGGCUGAUAUGCUUGCAGCUAAUGGAUACAUAGCCAUCUGCCCAGACUUCUUUGUGGGACAAAAACCUUGGGAACCUUCUGAUGACUGGUCUACCUUUAUGACUUGGAUGAAAACUCGAGAUGCCAGCAAGGUAGACAGGGAAGCUGAUGUUGUCUUGAAGUAUCUAAAGAAGCAAUGUAAUGCAAAGAAAAUCGGUGUCAUUGGAUUUUGCUGGGGUGGAAUGGCUGUACAUCACUUGAUGCUGAAAAAUCCUGAAUUAAAAACUGGGGUGGCCAUAUAUGGAAUAAUUAAGUACUUUGAGGAUAGAUACAGUUUGCUCCACCCCACAUUCUUCAUUUUUGGUGAAAAUGAUGAUUACAUCCCUCUUGAACAAAUCACCUUACUGGAGCAGAAACUAAAACAACACUGUAAAGUUGAUUACAGAGUUAAAAUUUACCCUGGACAAACUCACGGUUUUGUACAUCGCAAGAGAGAAGAUAUGAACCCUCAAGAUAAACCUUACAUUGAAGAAGCAAGAAAGGACAUGCUCAACUGGCUAAAUAAAUAUCUUUAACAAAAGUAUACUGCUAGAUCUCUAAACACAGUCCAAUAAUUUGUUAAUUA